AUGCAAGGAAAAAAUAUCAUUUUUAUCCUUGUGGUCCUUCUUUAUAUGUUCCUGUACAAAUCUGAUGGUUUGGUCAUCAAUAAACGUUGGUAUUCGCCUGGGCGUACGGACUUUGUGUUGGACAACAAAUUCUACACUCUUUUAGAAAGGAGAAGUAAUUCCAAACUCACAGACCUUAGGAAAGCUCAGCUAACCCUCGUCAGCGAACAAGGCGUCAACAAAUACACUGUCAAUGGUGACGCAAAUGACGCAGCGAUGAUCUUUUUUAGCUUGAAGCCGACAAGCGUAACUUAUAAAGUUCCAUCUAAAUAUCGGUGUGGUCGGAGUCGCUGCAGCAGGUGGAGAUACAGAGGAAGGAAGAGAUAUUACAAGCGGAAGUCCGUAUACAGAACGAGGCGGGGACGUAAAAUGAGGAAAUGGGUUCGAAGGUAUGGUGGUCAAAAAGUAAGAAAAUAUAAUAAGAGGAAGAUCGUACGAAAAUCAAGAAAAAACAGAAAAUUGAGACGAAAAUUCAGAAAAUAUGGUUAUGGUGGAAAGGGGCGAAAAGUAAGAAGAAGCAGAAAAAACUCCAGAAGCAAGAGAAAGAAAUGGGGGAAGAAAUCAAGAAGAAGCAGGCGAAGGCGGUACAGGGGAAGAUGGAGAUCCGGAAGGCGGUCCCGGAAGUACAGAAAUAAAUAUUUCGAGGCUUCCGGAAGGGUUGGAGUCUAUAAAGUAUCGCUAAAAAUAAAGCCGUACAGUACCCGAAUCGUAUUCCUCUCGCCCAGAUCAAGAUCCCUCUACAAAGCCAGGGAAGGAAUAACACGCAUCUAUACAUUCAAACCGUCUCGGAGGUCGUGGUGGCGUUUGUUAAAAUUGUUUUAA